CAAGGAGCCCGAGUUCCCCAACGCUGCGCUGCUCCUCCCCUUAUAGUACGCUUUCUUUGCCAUGAAAUAGCGAAACUUUUUCACCGGAAGAGUUUAAGCCUGACAGAGAGAACCAAGUUCUAGGAAAGAAGAAAACUUUGGUAUUGGUAUUCUACUUGUGCAAGUGCAGGUGUUUUCAUGGGAGCUGAGAGAUGACAGGAUCAAAUCUAAUGAGCCUGUUUAUCAGUACUGAAUCUGCACAAUAGAUAGAGCAUCGAGGGAAACAGAUCAGCAAUACCAACCAUGUCUAUUAUGGACCAUAAUCCCACCACUGGAGUAGUCACAGUUAUUGUCAUCCUCAUCGCCAUCGCAGCCCUCGGUGCCUUAAUACUGGGCUGUUGGUGUUAUUUGCGCCUACAGAAGAUCAGCCAGUCUGAGGAUGAGGAGAGCAUUGUGGGCGAGGGGGAAACCAAAGAACCAUUUCUCCUGGUUCAGUACUCUGCCAAGGGACCUCGAGUGGAGAAAAAGACUAAGCUGACUCCUAAUGGCACAGAGUCUCAUAGCUAAUUUUCUGCCCUCUCACAGCCCAUGAAAGGACGAUUCUAUAAAGCAGAACUAAUACUGUGAAGAAGAGAAAAAUAGAAACCCAUUUCAUAGUUGGAAGGUGACGCAUUUGCCUGCCAGCAAAAUCCCACACUGACAAAUGCAUCCACGGAAUACUCAUUCCUGCGAUUAUCUGAUAACCUCUUACUUGAAUGUCAUCUGAUUCGAAACGGAAAUCUCCCCCAGAAUGUGAACUGCAAACUAAGUGUAAAUAGCUGCCUGUUUUUUACAGCAUUGUAUGAAGUCGAUAUUGUUUCUCAUGAAACCGAAUCCACAGAGAUCCACUCAGAAGGUUCUGAAGAAACAGACUGAAGUUUCAAUUGCUAGUGGGUUCUGCAUUUGAUGCUUUUUAACACUAAGAAGGCCCUGCAUGGCUUGAUGGGUUACUAACUUAGCUUUAAGCUUUUAACUGUAGUGAAUCUGCCACUUGCAGUGGGUUUCUGUAUGGAGCUGGUGAUAUGGAACAUGUGUUCUAAGAGGCUUCUCCACACUUAAGUGGCAGAUGAGCAGUUAUAAGAUUUUCUCUCCGCCCCUUUUUUUGUAGUCUUUUAGAUUUUCACUACAAAACCUACAAUAUGUCAUUAACCAGGAAAUGUUUCACAUUUAUGAAUUGAUGUUGACACAAGAAAGUGUUGUUUCCAUAGCACUGUUUGUUUUUAAAACAAUUUGGGAUGCAGAGCCAUGAUGCCUUGCUCAGCAUUGCCCGCAGCCCAUUUUAUUUUUCUUUUUAAAAUAGUCUACUUCAGCAUUGGAAUGAGUUUGGGUAUUUUGCGUACCCAAUGACCUGCUUGAUAGACUUACACACACGGAAUGAAUAAAACACGUGCCUGUUUUUUUAAAGAUUUACAAUCUAUUUUGGGGUGCAGUAUGUUAUUAUUAUAGCAUAAUGUGCAUCAGAUGUAUCACCCACCUGGCCUCAUUUCCCAUUCAAAAAAAGUGGGGAAAUGCUUUGAUUUUAAAAGCCGGCAGCGCCAGGCACAGGGUCUGCUCAGAGGCACUCGCUUUGGUGUUCUAACCCGGUCUCGUCUGUCAGCGCCAGCAUCAAACAUUCUUUUCAAUGGAAAGCAAUUUCUGAUGGUAAAGGCUGUUUUAGUUGUUGUGGUUCUCCCUUCAGGCACUGCAGUAGUCAAAAUGCCCAGUCUUUUUAUUUUGAGUUGCCUUUAUGAUUAAUACUAAAGAAACUGUCUCAAUGUUCAACACUGUGGCGUUAAUUGUACCCAAAAGUGACACAUCAUGUCUUGUAUUGCUGCCGACUAUAAAUUGCACUGAAAACAUUUACAGGUGUUUUAAAUGAUUAAAUCAUUGUGAUUUGCAGAACAUUA